AAGCACUAAGUAGCAGCACAAGCACUCGCAGUAGUGACCGAAAACUUUCAUUAAUCACCUCCAGCGUUACCGUGCACCGCAGACGCCGCCUUCGUAUUACACUCAAAUGGUGUUAAUAUUUUUGUUUAUUGCGAUAUAGGUCGUAUUCUACUCGAUUUUUUCGUCCCGUUUUGUUAACGCGAUGUCCCUAGGCGUGCCUUAUCGCCGUCCCGGACUAUUGAUAGUCAACGGAUCGACGAUCGUCACUGUGAUAGUGCAAUAUUUGUUCAUGUUGACGGCAUGUAAUAUGUCGUCGCCGCCCGCCUAAUUCAUAUCCGCCCCGUACUGAAGACCAAGUGUCAGCUAGCACUGUUGUAGAAUUUUAUUUUUUCAAUUGUUAAUUUACAAAACUAUUAAAUUUUUUCUAAACAUGAUUUAAUUCUUCUACAAAACACUUGACAACUAAACCAGAGCAAUGUGGAAUAUGAUGUGUGAUGUAAUGCCAACUAUCACUGAAGAUAAUAUUGGCCAACGCCACCAAUUUUCUGGUGAAGAUGUUCGGAUUAAUGAAUUUAUGGAUACUGUAGUAGAAGAACGAAAUAAAUUAUUAGAUACUCUCAGUAAAAGUCAAAUAAGACUAGAUGAGACUGAAAAACAAUUAGCCGAAGUUGAGAGUGAAAGGAAUGCUUUACAAAGACAGAUAGAUGCAACAUUUCCAAAGGAAAUUGCAGCUCUGAGAAAAGAAUUGAGUCAAACUCGAGAUCAACUUGCUGCUAGAGAUGAAGAAAUAGCAGAAUUAAAAGCUGAAAGAAGUAAUACUAGAUUACUCUUGGAGCAUUUGGAGAGUUUGGUUUCAAGACAUGAGAGGUCAAUUCGAUCUACAGUAAUUAAAAGACAAACAAAUCAAAAUCCGCAAGCAUAUUCUGGUGUUUCUAGUGAAGUAGAAGUUCUUAAAGCACUCAAGAGUCUUUUUGAACACCAUAAGGCUCUUGAUGAAAAAGUUAGAGAUAGACUGAGGUAUGCACUUGAAGCUAAUGCUAAACUCGAAGAAAAAUUAGAAAGUACUAUGCAAGAGCUUGAUGUACUAAAAUCGGGUGGUAAAUCUGAAGAUGAUUCGACUACUCAAGAAAAUGGAACUACUGAUUAUAAUGAUGGCUCUAAUACUCUAUCAACUGCUAUAAAAAAUAGAACACUGAACGGUCACGUUGAUGAAACGACUGAAAAUGCACCUGAUAAAAAUCUAGUCAAUGCAUGUAUGGAAAAUUCUAAGAAUAAUGGUUUAGAUUCUGAGAAUUCUGAGUAUGGUACUUGGAAAAUGAAUGAAUUAUCUAGUCGAGUGUCAGAACUGGAAGAUUCGCUAUCUAAAACACAACGGGAACUUCAUAAAGCACAAGAAAAUAACAACAAUCUGCAUCAUGAACUUAGAGAAAAUAUUUCAAUUAAAGAUGAACAAGAAGAACGAAUAAAUUCUUUAGAAAAAAAAAAUUUGAAUUUGCAACGUGAAUCAACAUCAAUACAUGAUUUAAAUGAUAAAUUGGAACAAGAAUUGCAACAUAAAGAAGCCCAAUUAAAAUUACAAGAAGAAAAAACUAGAGCUAUUCAAGAAAAAUUAGAGCUAUGCGAACAAAAGUUAGCACAAUUUGCCACACUGCCGGAAAUUGAACAAGAAUUAAAACAACGAAUGGAAGCCCUUACCCAGGUAAGGGCUCAGGCACAAGAAAGACAUGGUACUGCAGAAGAUCGUAUUCAAAGAUUAGAAUCUCAAGUAGAAGAAAAGAAUGCUGAAGUUAUGAGAGUAAAUCAAAGAUUAAAAAUGAAUGAAGAACAUAAUACCAGAUUAUCAGCUACAGUUGAUAAAUUACUUUCAGAAUCAAAUGAACGUUUACAAGUUCAUUUGAAAGAACGUAUGCAUGCUUUAGAAGAAAAGAACAUGCUAACACAAGAAUUAGAAAAGUGUCGAAAACUAGUUGAAGAAUUACAAACUGAAAAGACUGAACUAUUAAAAGAACUGGGAAAAGCUCGCAUGGAAAUUGACUGUAUUAAAAGACAAAUGCUUCAGCAAGAAAUUGCUUUUAAUAUUCAACAAACUGAUGCAUUGACCAGGAGUUUAUCACCUGGUGGUCCUGAUCAAGGUGGCUUUGUUCAUAGCUCUAGUCAACAUUCCAAUUUUGAUUCUCAUUCGAUUUCUAGAAGAUCACUUAAAUCUAGAAUGUCUCCCAUGGAAUCAAAUCAUGCAAAGGAAUGGGAAAAACUUCAACAAGCACAUGUUCUAGCCAAUGUUCAACAAGCAUUUGAUGCUUCUAGUGAUGUAGAUAUGGAUGGCGGUGAAGAUGACCUAGAUGAUGAUGGUGGCAUGUAUUGUGAUGCUAAUGAACCAUUGUCUCCAUCUGCAGCAGAUGCUCAAACUCUAGCAUUAAUGCUGCAAGAACAAUUAGAUGCUAUAAAUACAGAAAUCAGAUUAAUUCAAGCAGAAAAACAAAAUACAGAAGCAAGAGCUGAAGAACUAGAAUCUAGGGUGGGUAGUAUGGAACAUGUAAAUCUUUUAUCUAGAAAUCGUAGUUAUGAACGGCAGUCACCUCCAGUUAGUGGUAGAUGUACACCUCAAAAUGAAUUUUUGCAUAAAUACCACUCUCUUCAGCUUAAUGAAGAAGAAAACAUGGGUAUGUCAUCUAGUCAAGAUAAUAACGGUGCAGCUAGUCCUCUAACAGCUCGUUCAAUGAGAUUGGAGCGUGUUGCUCAAGCUCUAGCACACAGUCAAGAAGAAUUAAGGAGGCGUGCUGGAAUUAACACUGUUCCUACCACAAUGGGCAUGAUUAACUAUAAUCCUUCAACGCUCAGGGGUACCAGUGGCUUUUCUACACCUCCAUCACCAUUGUCCUCUCGUCACAGCAGUCAAGAUUCCUUACAUCAUGGACCAACAAUGAUGGGACAAACUGGAACCAGUUUAUCGAGUAUAUCAAGUGCAUUCAGUAUUUCUCAAAUGCCUUCAUAUCAUCAUACAUUACCAUCAUCAGCAUCUGCAGCAGCACAAAAGAAGAAGGGAAUAAAAUCUUCUUUAGGGAGAUUUUUUAGCAAAAAAGAAAAGCAAGGAAAAUGUAAAGAAGGAAUGAGUGGCAUGCUGGGCCAUAUGUCAAAUUCUGACAUGUCUUUGGCUAGUUCUUAUGCUGGAGAUGAUACUUCCAGUCUAUGCAGUGCAACCUUAGGACAAAAAGGAGAUUUCGAUAGAAGGAAAAAGAAAAAGCACGAACUACUUGAAGAAGCUAUGAAAGCAGGGACACCUUUUGCUUUAUGGAAUGGCCCAACUAUAGUUGCGUGGUUGGAAUUGUGGGUGGGCAUGCCAGCCUGGUAUGUGGCAGCUUGUAGAGCUAAUGUUAAGUCAGGUGCAAUAAUGAGUGCUUUAUCAGACACAGAAAUACAAAGAGAGAUUGGAAUUAGCAAUCCUUUACAUCGAUUGAAACUAAGGUUAGCUAUUCAAGAAAUGGUUUCUUUAACUAGUCCAUCAGCACCAGCUAAGUCACUGCGAUCAACUUUAGCAUUUGGUGAUAUGAAUCAUGAAUGGGUUGGUAACUACUGGUUACCUUCAUUGGGCUUACCACAAUAUCGUUCAACCUUUAUGGAAUGUCUAGUUGAUGCUAGAAUGCUUGACCAUUUAACUAAACGUGACUUCAGGUCUCAGCUUAAAAUGCUUGAUGGAUUUCAUAGAACAAGUUUGCAAUUUGGCAUAACAUGCCUUAAAAGAGUGAAUUUUGACCGUAAUCAACUUGAGGAAAGACGUCGUAUUGCUGAACAUGAAACUGUAGAUAUUUUAGUUUGGUCAAAUGAAAGAGUAAUAAAAUGGAUCUCUAACAUUGGACUCAAAGAAUAUACUAAUAAUUUGACUGAAUCUGGUGUGCAUGGUGCCAUAAUAGCGCUCGAUAAAAACUUUGAUUCAAACACAUUUGCUAUGGCUCUACAAAUUCCUCCUCAGAAUACACAAGCUCGCCAAAUAUUAGAUGCCGAAUUCAAUAAGUUACUGGCCAUAUCAACAGAACGGAGGCUAGAUAGUAGUUUUAGUGAUUUGGGUACCUCCUGAUAUUAUCCAGCUGCCUCUCAAGAUUAAAUGAAAUGAGGGGUGCUAUAUCGACUGUUUUGUUUUAAUUUUGUACUAUUUGAGUACUUUCCUAAUGUGAGAAAAAUUGCAUAAAGAUGUAAUAUAUGCAUGGAUGUUCACAUUUUUACUUUAACAUUUGUAUGUCUAUGACAUUUAAGUGGAAAUUAUGUUUUUCUGACUAUUGUUUUUAAUUGUUGUUAAACUAAAGAUGUUAAUGUAAAAUCAUUUUAAUACAUUACCAAUGUCCUAGUUUCUUUUUUAAAUGUAUGUAAAUUGUACAUUUUUUAUACAUUUACGUAUUAAUUAUUGUUUUGUGAAAAAAAUAAGGAUGAGGAUAUAUCUUGACAAAGAUGAAUUUUAGUAUCUACAAUGUGGGACAAGCACAAUUUUUAUGAGAUAAAGUACCAAAGUAUUGUUUAACAUAUUAUUUGUAUACUAUUAGUAUUAAGGAGUAUUCUUGUUUGUAUUAUAUAAUAUAUAUAUAUAUAACCUUACCAAUGAUGUAUUAUUAGUGAAUUCAUUUUAACAUUGUUAUAGCAAGAAAAUGUGUCGUCAAUAACUUACAUCUGUCAUACAGUUCUAAUAGUAUUGUUACAGGUUAUCGCGCAAUGCACAACAAACAUUUUAUAUCUUCCUUCGCUGUUUUUUUUUUCAGUUUGUUUUAAAACUGAGUUACUAUUAUUAAAUAAGAUAAUGAAAAUGUAAUUGUUUUGUCUCUUUAGUUUUUAUGUUUUGUUAGUAGUCUGUCUUAAUCUAAGUAAUUAAAAAUUUAAUUAUGGACACUUAAAGCAGAUAAUAAAUUUUUUGUUGUAGUUGAAUCAUAUGUGUAUACAUAAAAUGUUAUAAUCUUAAAAUAAAAAUUGUAUGAAGUAAAAAUAAUUGUAUUCCCUUAUUAGAUUCACACCAUGUGAAAAUAAUAUCUGACACUAAUGCCAAAAUAUCAAAGUAAAAUAAAAUUUAUUGAUUUUUUAA